AGGAAGAAGAUAUUAUCCUAAGACAUAACCUGUGAAGGUAUGAGAAAAUAGUAUUCGCUCAAUAACUGGUUCAACUUUGUUGAUAAAACAUGUAUACAUUAUGUAGAAAAUGUAGUUUUUGUGGUAGUGACAUAAAAACAGCAAGAACACUCUUUAGAAUAAAUUAUUCCAUCGAUAAAGCAACUGAAUUGGAUCAGGGCUAUGUUCCUCAUAAAGUUGAGACACUCGGCCUAGGCUACAACUAUUUCAAACCUCCUCCAAAACACGAGAACAAAUUUUCUUUAGUUCUGCCACCGCCAAAUAUUACCGGAACUUUACAUUUAGGACAUGCACUUACCGCUACUGUGCAAGACGUUUUGGUAAGAUGGAAACAAAUGCAAGGAUUCGAGACAUCGUGGGUGCCGGGCAUUGACCACGCAGGAAUCGCUACACAAGUAGUUGUGGAAAAGCGACUUUGGAAAGAGAGCAGGCAAUCGAGACACGAUAUUGGCAGGGAAGCGUUUCACAAAAAAGUGUGGGAAUGGAAAGAAGAGAAAGCUGAAGUUAUAGGUGAACAACUUCGUCGUUUGAACGUGUCGCUUGACUGGGAAAGAGAAGUUUUCACAAUGGAUGAAAAGCGGUCCGCCGCAGUACAGGAGGCGUUCAUAAAGUUAUUCGAAGCUGGAUUGAUUUACAGGGCUGAUCAACUGGUGAACUGGUCAUGCGUUCUUCAGUCAGCAAUAUCCGACAUCGAAGUUGAACAUCUUUCCAUCAAUGGACCUACCGACAUCCUUGUUCCGGGAUAUGAAACACCAGUCAAGUUCGGAAUCCUCACAAGGUUCGCCUAUAAAGUCCAUGAAAGAGGAGCUGUCAAAAUUACUCCUGGCCACGACCAUGCAGACUUUGAUGCUGGAAAAAGACAUUCUCUGCCUGUUUUGCAGGUGAUUGACGAGAGCGGUCGACUCACUGUAUCUUGCGGACAAUUCCAAGGACUUCGCAGGUUUGAAGCGAGAAAGAUCGUCCUUGCAGAGCUAGGAAGAUUGGGAUUGCUCAGAGGCAGUCACGACCAUCAAAUGAUUCUACCAAUUUGCAGCCGAUCAAAGGACGUCAUUGAAUUGUUGGCCCGACCCCAGUGGUUCAUCAAUUGUUCCGAUAUGGCCGCAAGGGCGUUAGAUGACGUUGAAAAGGGUAGAUUGACAAUAGUGCCAUCGCGAUUCGAGAAGACAUGGCACGGUUGGCUGGAAAACAUACGAGAUUGGUGCAUAUCGAGACAGCUGUGGUGGGGUCACCAGAUUCCGGCCUACUCGUGUCAAGUCCGUAACGAACCGGAGAAAAAGGUGUGGGUGGCCGCGAAAAACCAACAGGAAGCCUGCCGAAAAGCAUCAAGGAAACUUGAUGCCGGAGAAGACGAUGUAGUCGCUACGCAGGAUGAAGACGUGCUGGAUACAUGGUUUUCUUCCGCUCUUCAACCCUUUUCUUCUUUCGGAUGGCCAGAAGCGACUGAAGACCUCUCCAAACACUACCCACUCUCCAUGAUGGAAACCGGCCACGACAUCCUCUUCUUCUGGGUGGCCCGCAUGGUGAUGCUAGGCACGCAGCUGACGGGCAGGCUUCCAUUCGAUAAGGUCCUUCUGCAUGGUAUCGUUUGCGACGCCCACGGCAGGAAGAUGUCGAAGAGCGUGGGGAACGUCGUGGCGCCCGAGGACGUCAUCAGGGGGAUCACUUUGGAGGGUAUGGAGAAAAUAUCGAAGGCCAGUUUCACAGCCGGAGUACUUUCCGAUGACGAGCUCAAUCGAGCUAUUCAGGGACAAAGGAAGAUGUUUCCUGAAGGUAUUCCUGAAUGCGGAUCGGAUGCUCUACGAUUCACGUUGCUGUCGCACAACAUAAAAAAUCACUUCAUAAAUUUCGACGUCACCGAAUGCUACACCAAUAAACUCUUCUGCAACAAAAUUUGGCAGGCGACAAAAUUCACCAGGUUGUGGUUCACCAACGUUUCGAACGAACAGAAACUAUCAGAAGUGCAGGUCAAGCAUCUCGGAUUGAUGGAUAAGUGGAUUCUCAGCAGGCUCACGUUCAUGGUGGAUACUGUGAACCGUGGAUUAGAGAAUUUUGAUUUUUAUGUGGCAACUACAGCUCUGAAGAAUUUUUUGUACUAUGAGUUCUGCGAUGUAUACUUGGAAACGACGAAACGCGGACUGAGAAACGCGAAAGAACCUGGAGCCGUGAGCCACUGCUGGACCCUUUGCACCUCUCUGGAUACUAGCCUCAGGGCAUUGGCCCCCUUCAUGCCCGUUUUGUCGCAUCAUCUGCAUCAUCACUUGCCCGAGUUUCCAGGGCGCGGAAAACGAUUUGAUUUUCCGCAGGAUUUGGACUUUCGGGAAGAAGAAAUCGAAAGAGAUGUUGAAGAAUCUCAGAGAGUCGUAGUCGCUAUCAGAAGACUGAAGAAAAUAUUCAACGUUACUUUCAAGCAUAAACCUUCUGUUACAAUCCUCACGAGUUCUUCUUCAAUGCAUAACUAUUCGGAUGCAAUCCAAGAUCUAGCUGGGUGUCAUUCGCUGACCGUUACCAACGAAUCCAUAACAGCACCAUACACCACCAGCGUGAAGGAUGUUGUAGGAGUUUCUACCAUCCAUCUCCAAGUUCCUGAGGAUGUUCUCAAACACUUGCAAGCUGAUCUGCCGAAAAUGAACAUGAAAAAGGAAAAACUAUUGAAAGAGUUGGAGAAACUGAACGAAAUAGUUUCGGCAGCAUCUUACAAAAUUAACGUUGGUGUUGAAAGACAGGAAGGCAACUCGAAGAAGAUUUCUACUAUUCAGGAAAAGCUUACACGCAUAGAAUAUAUUUUGGACCUGAUUCAGCGGUAGUAAAUUCAUUUUUAUUGUAUAAAUAUACGUAUGAGUGGA